AUGGUGCGUGAGCUGCCGCCCGUGGCAGCAGCAGCAGCAGCGCUAACGGCUGCUCCCGUGCCGGAUCAGUGCAACGCCGGGGACGGCGACCGCGGGAGGAGGGUCGUCGGUGUCGCUGGUCCCGGCGUGUGCAGCGGAGCGCGGAGACGGCUGGCCAAGGGUGGCUCCGGCCCGGCGAGCACCAAGUUCAGCGGCGUCCGGAGGCGGCCGUGGGGCAAGUUCGCAGCGGAGAUCCGUGACCCGUGGCGCGGCGACCCGGCGACCCCCGGCGGAUACGAGUCCGGCGCGGAGUCCUCGCUGGCGGUGUCGUCGCCGACGUCCGUGCUCCACAAGGUCCCUUCCCUGUCCUCCCUCGCCGAGGACUCCUCCAAGGACGACUCCGACGCCGCGGCCCCGUGCGAGCCGGCCGCUGCCGAGUGCCGCAGCCUGGCCGUCCUCGAGGAGGAGGAGCUCGGCAAGUUCGUGCCGUUCGAGGACGUGCCGGUCUACGCCACCAGCGGCUUCUGGGACAUCGAGCCCGACGCCGGGUUCCUCUACGCCGAGCAGUCGUCGCCGGAGGCGUCGUGGAACGCCGCCGCCGCCGCCGAGCCCGCGGCCACGUCCGAUGACGCGCCCAGCUGGGGCGCGUCGUCGCCGAUGCAGGAGAACAACGACUACUUCCAGGACCUGCGCGUCCUCUUCCCGCUCAACCCGCUUCCCGCGAUUUUCUGA